GUUAAGCGCCUCCUUUCCUCCAAAGGCAUUUCCUGCCGUCCGCGCUCCAGAAUACACAGCUGUACACCAGCGGUUGAGGCAUGCUAUGGACCGCUAUUUUAUCUCUCCAUCAUUUUCCAUCUUCUUGAGGAUGCAGGUGUGCGCGGUUAACUUCCAACUGUAUCGCGUUUGGAAAACGGCGUUUUGAGCGGCCUUUCCACAUUUUGAGACGGCAUAAAGCGCGAGCGUUACUUUGUUUCGGGACAAACGGGAGCGUCGCACAGAUCCAUUCCAUUUAUUAGAUGAUUGACGGUUCCUGAGGUGUGAUCGGAACCCUAUCAAACCCAAACAGAGCCGUUCUAGAUCUGACAUGAAGUCGUUCGGAUACGUCUAGAUCUCCUGCCACGUUUCGGUCUUCGAGGGCUGAAGUUGCGUCUGCAACAGAGGUGGACAGACUGGCCGGCACAAUGAAGGAGGAGAACUUGUUCCGCAGACGGUUCUCUCUCUGUCCCACAGCCACCUCGCCUCCCAAGAUCGACCCACGUUUGCUGACCCGCAACCUGUCCUACGGAGGAGACAAUGAACUGUAUCCACUCAGCCCAGGGAAUGAAUCGGAGAGGAACGGUUUGCCCUUACUGAGGGACGAGGUCAGCCCGGUCCGCUCACCCAGCAGCACGUCUGAAUCCAGGAUGUUUAUCGGUUUGGAGAAAGAGUCUUCCUCGCCCACGGAGAAGCUGGCAAGGAAAGAAUCGCUUAAGGUUCAGAAGAAGAACUAUCGACAGGAGAAGAAGAGGGUCGCCAAAGAACUGUUCAGUGCACUUAAGGAUCCAAGUGUGGUUAUUAUGUCAAACUGGCUAAAGAUUCGAGGCACAUUGAAGAGUUGGACGAAAUUGUGGUGCAUCCUGAAGCCUGGCAUUCUCCUGAUAUACAAGACGCCCGGUUCAGACCACUGGGUGGGAACGAUUCUUCUCAACGCCUGCAAACUCAUUGAAAGACCCUCAAAGAAGGACGGAUUCUGCUUCAAACUCUACCAUCCGCUGGACAAGUCCAUAUGGGCCAUGAAGGGUCCUAAAGGUGAAUCUGUGGGCUCCAUCACUCAACCCUUGCCUAGUAAUUACCUGAUCUUCAGAGCAGCGUCUGAAUCUGAUGGACGCUGUUGGAUGGACGCUCUGGAGCUGGCUCUCAGCUGCUCCAGCCUGUCAAAGAUGAGCGCGAAGAGCGGCAGGGAUGGAGAUCUGAGUGGCUCCUCUGAGUCCUCACACAUACUGCAGCUGCUGCAGAGCUCGGCUCUCACCGACCAGGACCUGCUGCAUUUGAAUGACUCCAUGUUGGAAAACCAUAUGGAGAAUGAUGCCAACUCUGACAAAUCAGAGAGGGAGGCGCAUGAAGACUCGGACAAUGCGGCCAAUGAGAACGGAGGCAGACUGACGGAGGAGAGCGAUAUGGACCAAUCGGAUGACGUGUGCCAGCACGCCACGGUGUUUGUUGAAGAAGCCCAUGAAGAGAUGGGAGAGGCUGGCGAGGCGUCACAGGUAGAGACAGUCUCUGAAGAGAAUAAGGGUUUGAUCUGGACUCUCCUGAAGCAGCUGAGGCCAGGGAUGGACUUGUCUAAAGUUGUUUUGCCGACGUUUAUCCUGGAGCCCCGUUCAUUUCUGGACAAGCUGUCGGAUUACUACUAUCAUGCCGACCUGCUGUCCCAGGCUGUGAUGGAGGAGAGCCCAUACAGCAGGAUGAAGCAGGUCUUGCGCUGGUAUCUGUCAGGCUUCUACAAGAAACCAAAGGGGCUGAAGAAACCAUACAACCCUAUUCUGGGAGAGAUGUUUCGAUGCUGCUGGCUGCAUCCACAAACAGACAGCUGUACAUUCUACAUCGCAGAGCAGGUUUCUCAUCACCCUCCGGUUUCAGCUUUCUACAUCAGCAAUAGGAAGGACGGAUUCUGCAUUACUGGGAGCAUUCUGGCCAAAUCCAAGUUUUAUGGGAACUCGCUGUCUGCUAUACUCGAUGGAAAGGCCAGACUCUUGUUUCUCACCCGAGAUGAAGAGUAUAUCAUCACAAUGCCGUACGCUCACUGUAAAGGGAUUCUGUAUGGUACAAUGACAUUAGAACUUGGCGGGAAAAUCACCAUUGAGUGUGAAAAAACACAAUGUUACACAGAAAUUGAAUACAAAUUGAAGCCUUUUCUUGGCAGCUCUUGCAACGUUAACCAGAUUUCUGGAAAGAUCCGCAUGGGGGAAGACGUUCUGGCUACAGUAGAUGGGCACUGGGACAGUAAGGUGCACCUGACUGAGAAGAGGACGGGCCAGCAGGAGGUGCUGUGGAACCCCGGUCCAGACAUACGCAGACAGCGGCUGAAGAGACAGGUGGUGCAGGUGGACCAGCAGGAGGCGUUCGAGUCCGAGAGGCUGUGGCAGCAUGUGACCAGAGCGAUUAGCGAUAAAGACCAGAUGAGAGCCACGCAGGAGAAGUUUGUGCUGGAAGAGGCUCAGCGGCAGGAGGCCAGAGAGCGAGCCGAGCGGCCCUGGAACCCACGACUCUUCACCUUCAACACCGACACCAACGAGUGGCACUACAAAUACACAGACACUAAGCCGUGGGAUCCGGAGCGCUGUCUGCUGCAGUUCGAGAAAGACGGCGUCAUCCAGACAAAAGAGAAAUCCCGGCGCAGAAGCUUCUCCUACAGCCAGAACUGGGCUGCACAGCAGAAGGUGCGGGUGAACGGCAAACACAGGAAGUCAAGCAGCCAGCCGUCCAGCUGCAGUCAGAACACAGAGAGCAGCAGCAGCACACCAGAACCCAACCAUGAGUCAUCCGACAACGAAGGCUUUAUGAACCAGUGUGCAAGAUGCACUAAAGAAGUGAAGGACAUCGCCCUCAUAGAGGCCUCGGUAGCAGCUAUACAGAAAACACAGCAGGACAUCCAGAGAAACCUGAGUGCACUGGGACGUCAGAUCACGCGGCACAAGACGGCGGAGGAGAGCAAGUCCUUGAGCGGCCGCCACUGUCUCAUCCUCUGCAUGCUGUUGCUCUUCCAGCUACUCAUCAACUACAUCUUCACUUGAGAUGCUGUCACCUAACAACCAUCGCCUAGCAAUAAACACAGCCAAACUAUCACCGUCUCACAGCCCCUUGAAUGCCCCACCGUAAUGUUGCUACCGACUGUAGCCGCACCAUCAAGCACUAAGCACUUCAAUUAGAGAGAAAGAGACUCUUGUUUUAAUGAAUAUGACCGAUAAUCCUUUCGGAGUGGAUGUAAAACACUGUACUGCCACUCUCGUUAACUGACGUGUUCCCUCUUUCCUACGUACUUCCCUUUCUCUGCAAUAUAGGUCAUGUAUUUGUGGCAUAUUUGAAUGCAGUUGAAUGGGUUUGUGUGUCUGUGUGCAUUUCCCACAAACUCCUCUUCCAUUUAUACACCGGGCCUUAAAACUGAUGCCAAAAAGGGGGGAAAAGAAGCGAAAAGGCAGUGAAGUCCACCAGUGCAAUUUUAUUAUGCUUUCAAGUGAACGUCUGACCACACAAAUUUGCUCAUUUUAUUAUUUAACCAAAACAGUGUUUCUGUAUAGAACAAUACAAAGAAGAGUAAAUGUUUACAAACUUGAUUGUACACAAAGGAAACAAUGCUCUGACACCAAAUGCGUUGUGUAAAUGUAGAUGAAGUUAACAGAAUUGGUGAAAGCACUACGAUAACAGAAUGAACAAUCAGCCAUAAGACUAUGGCAAGCGAAUUUAACAUUUAAUCCUUAAAACACAUAUCAACUAUUUAGUUCUAACUAAUAUGCAUUACAAUAAUGAGUAGUGUCUUUUUAAAUAUUACUAGUAAGUAUUUAUUAGAUACUAGUACAUAUUUAUUGAAUACUGCUAUUUUUCGUUAGAAACAAGGACCUAAAUAGGUACCAGUAUCUGUAAAAAGUAUCCAUAUUUGUAGUUAUUCAUUAGUUACUAGUACUAGUAUUUUAGACACUAGUAUCAUUUUUUUUUUUUUUUACUUGUCUGAUGUUAUGACUAGUCAGAAUGGCCACUGUAGGGUUCAAUUAAAAAUCUUACUAGUAACAUUUGGUAUAAGUACUAGAAUAUAAUAAAUGUGUACUAGUAUGUGUUGUAUAAAUACUAGUAUCUAAUGAAUAAGUACUGGCAUCUGUUUAAUAGGCGCAAGUGUCUAUUGAAUAAGUACUAGUAUAUAAAAAGUACUAGAAACCAUUCUUAUCUUACAAGUCACAAUUCCUUUUGACUCAUCUUAUGUUAUGGCCACUGUAGAGUUCAAUUAAAAAUCUUACAAGUAACAUUUAGAAUAAGUACUAAUAUCUAAUAAAUGUGUACUAGUAUCUGUUGAAUAAGUACUAGUAGUUAAUCAGUAAGUUAUAGUAUGUAAUAAAUAAGCUGUAUCUAAUGAAAAGUGCUAGUAUCUAUUUAAUAGAUACUAGUAGCAUGCAAAUAGAUACUGCAUGCAAAUAGAUACUAGUAUGUUGUGAGGAUUAAAUGUUAAAACAGCUUGCCAUAAUAAGAAUAUUCAUAUACAUGACUGUUUGUUGGGCAUUGGGUAGGUCAGUCACAAUAGGGACACGUGAGGCCUUUUGGGAAGUUCAAGUUCAUUGAAGUUGCUUGAAUGAAGUGCGAUAUGUUCAAUAACGAAGGUGUGACUGAUUAAUCGAAAGUGUAUAUACAUGUAUUUGUUUGGAACAACUGAAUUUGAGAAUGUAUUUAUUUGAUCAUUUCACUUGAUUUGUUUUAUAUUUAAUCGUACUGUUUUUAAGAACACAUUCAUUCAGGUUUUCUGGGAGCAAGUAGAGUUAAGCAUCAAAAUGCUUUCUCUUCCUGAAAUAUUUUGUUGUGUAGUUUGAGUGACCCCUUGAGGGGAAAUAUUAAGGUCAAAGUACAAAACUUCCAAUGCAGGAAUCAAAUAGGAAACAGGCUUGAAUUAUGCUUUCACUCCUGAGCCAUAGUUCAACCCAUUGGAAUUUCAAAUUAUUUUUCAUUUACUUUUUUCUUUUUUUUACAGAGCACAGUAUGUUAUCUUGUCUGACAACUGAAAUGAAUGAGAUGUCAAUGGCUCACUGUUUGUUAAUGAUUGUUGCAAUUACCACACCACAGUAAAAUUUUACAUUUCA